CAGAGUAGAAAGCCAAGCUCAUCCCGACAUUAUAAAACCCUCUUAUCUCCAACUCUGGUUUAACACUAACGCCUUAAUCCGCUCUCCUUCCACAAGCUUUUGCAUAUCUUUCUCUUUGCUCCAUAUCAUUGUUCUUGCUAUCCAUCCCAUCCAUAGUUUCUAACUUCCAUUCUGGGUUCAAUGGCUGAAGAGGAUGACUUCAUGUUUGAAGAUUACUUUCCAUCAAUGGUGACUAGUAUGGGUGUUGAUCGAUUUAUCGCAGAACUUUGUUAUGGCUUCUGUCUGCUAAUGGAUCAUGCAAAGGGUCUCAUCACAUUCGAGAGUCUGAAGCGGAACACUUUUCUCUUGGGAGUGCAAGACUUGGGCGACGACGAACUCUUCUGCAUGUUAAAACAAGGAGAUUUGGAUGGUGAUGGGGCACUGAAUCAAAAAGAGUUUUGCGUUCUCAUGUGCACGUUGAGCCUCAAUUUCAUGAAUGGAUCAAAAAGAGGGGUUUCGGCAAAUAAAGAAUGAAUUCUUAAAGUGAUGCUUGCUGGAAAAAAAAAUGUCUACACAAAAGGUUAGAGAAUAAACGUAUCUCUCCAAAAUGAAUCGCAAUUUUUAUUAUAGAAUUUGUACUCUAUGAAUAAUGAAAUGUC